AUGGAUGUCGAGGAAGGUAAUCUGCUGGGAAAACAGAGAACGGAGGUGGAUAAGUUAGAGACGUCUGCUGAUUUCCUUGAGCCCCGCACGGUGCGAAACCCCGCACCAACGGUUUCACAUGAAGGUGAGGUGAUUGAUGCGGCGAUGACAGCGUCUCUUGCGACAGGGCCGCUUUUCUUGAGCGGUAGAAUAUGUGCUUCUUCAAAGGCAAAGCACAUAACGACGGGUUCUACUGGCCCGCCCCCGCUACAGGGUCUGCACAUGGUUGACACUUUCACUUCACUUAACCGGCUUGGGCCCAAGGGCAUGACACCCAAACCCCGACGCACACGACCCGCGUCAGUGUCGACUAAGCCUCAAGAAGUUGGCGCACCAUACAAGGAAUCGCACAGCAAGCGGUUCCGUGACCGUGUUAUGGAUGCACAAGGGGGUCUCUCUAAUGAUGAUCGGGUACUCCUCCUUGCACGCGAUAGGAGUGAGUGCAUGGCCGAACUACGAGAGAAAAACGUGCAGAUCAAGCGGCUUGAAGUGACUGUUCGUGCUCUGCGUGCACAACUGGCACGAAGUACCCCUAAGAUGGGGGUUCCUCUAGCUGAAGACGAAAACUUUACCUGUACCACACCAGUGGCACGUCUCGUGGACGAAAACAACAGUUUAGAAACGCGGUUACGUGAGGUAACUGCACAGCUCUCAACGUGGAAGCGUGAUGCCCGCGUCGCCCACCUGCAGGAAUUGAAGACGGAGCUUGCAGUUUAUCAGGCAGAGGUGACUCGCCUCUCAUCCACAACACAGGGAUGUCGGGGGAAUGAAUUGCGGAGGAGCUGUGUCGAGUCUCGCCUUCGCGAGGCCGUUGACUCUUUGAAAGCAAAGGAUGACGUCAUUCAAGAAUUGAGGAAUAAGCUUUCCGAAAAUACUGCGGCGCUGGGACGCUCCUUAGAGAGUGCCAUGCGUAGUCAGAGUACUGUGGAGCAGCUGCAGGGAGAAAAUAGGGCGCUUUGCAAAGAGUUGCGUAUGCUAAGAAAGGCAUCUAUUGAGUUGACACGCACCAGAGAAAAAUUGGAAUGCGCUCGUGCGGAGCUCAAGGAGGCAACGGAGAACCUUCACCAGCUAAGGCGGCUUGUGGGAACGGUGGGUGACCCUGAUGAGAUCUUUGUCAUCAUUAAGGAGCGUGAUGCUCUUCUGAAUGUGUUGAGGGAGCAAAAUGCGCGUGAGGAGUCUCAAAGACUGGAGUUUGCACGCCAACAAGCGGAUACAAAGGAUAGCGCUGAAAAGUGUCUUCAAAAGAUUCUGCAGGAGGAGCGCGCCUUAGCGAGGGAAAAGGAGGCGCAACUCAGGCAUAGCUGCAUCAUGUGGAAGGAGAGGUACGAACGCUUGGCAGUCGAGGGUGCCACCGAGCGAGAUCGCCUCGAGGCAGAGGUGCAAGCCCAAAAAGGGCGACAAGAUGAACGACAGCGGGAGUUGCGUUUGUUGCUGAGCAGAAUGCCCUCGCAUUCGAGCGAACAGAACCAACCAAGGGCAGUUCAGGUACCAAAGAGCUUGGAUUUGCAGUGGGUCAAAGCGCUAACUCCGUCUGUGCCGUCCUCGCCCCCCAUAACCACGUCAUCGACAUCAUCUCUAUCAAAGUUGAAGUCGCCGCCUUCGAUAAAGAGCAGUGUUGAAAGUGAUGGCAUGAAAGAUAGAAACUCCUCUACAGGGAAAGCACAACAACAGGAAAAUAGCCAUAGUGGCACUAACGAAAAAGGUGGACGAGAAGGCUGUUUGCUAAGUCAUCAUGCGCACCUUGAAGAUGAGGAUGAAAAUAACCUCAGUAAACUCGUCCCUGUUCUGCAGGGGCCUGCCACAACUACAACCGUUGGCAGCAGUGAAGAGGAUGACAUUUUCAUGAUAUCGACAAAAAGAAGUCCCAGGGAGCCAAAAGCAGAAAUAACCGUGGCGAUCAUAGAUACAAACAAGCAUGGAAAUGAGCAGGAUCCUCCUCUUACUCCAUUGACAGCUGGUGACGCCGUUAAUCUGAAGUCAUUACUCUCUUUAACAGGGAACGGAUCCCCAGUAUCAGACGUUGCAUUAAUGCCUUCAGCUGACGUCGUCGAAAGCCCAGAACCGUCGAUUCCUAUACGUGUAAAGGUGCCACCGCCGCUGCCGGCUGUUGUACCUUCGCCUCCCGCUGAUAUCACUUCAACGCCUGCUGCUGCUGCUGAUGUGGGUGUGGACUCAGGCCCAUCUUGUUUGGCACAGGCACAGAUGUCGUCAGCGCCAGAGAGUGUGGAGCGCAGUUUCGGGAGCGCGCAUAGAUCCCCUGCUGUCAUAGGUUCUGGUUUGUCUGACGUUUUUGAAGACGUUGUUGCUGAAGAUUUUCAUACAAAAAAUCGUUAUGAAGAAGAGGAUAUGUGGGGAACUUUGAGUGCCGCUGAAGACGAAGAAUCGUUCACUGUGCAUCACGUAGAAUUGUGA